UCUCACAAAACAGAGAGAGAAAUGGUUCCAUGGAAUUCAUUUCCACUAGAAAUAGUCUAUCAAGUAUUUGGUUGGUUAGCAUUUCUUUCAUGGUCUCUUGCUGGUUACCCUCAACUCAUCUCCAAUUUCCGAAGAAAAAGUGUGGUUGGUUUAAGCUUAGAUUAUACAAUCUUGAACUUCACAAAACAUUGGUCAUAUCUCAUUUACAACGCUUCCCUCUUCUUUAGUCCUGUUAUUCAGAAACAGUACUUUCAAAAGUAUGGUUAUGAACAGAUGAUUCCUGUAGCUGCUAAUGACGUCGCUUUCUCUACUCAUGCAGUCAUAAUCAAUUUCAUUGUUUUGUUUCAAUUUGCAAUCUAUGGAGAUGGAAGUGCAAAGUUAUCAAAGUAUGCAAUUGCAAUAUUUGCUGGUGUGUGGUUCAGUGGUGCUGUUUGUUUUUUCAUAGCAUUGCCUACCCACUCUUGGCUUUGGUUAAUCUCCAUCUUCAACUCAAUUCAAGUGUGUAUGACCCUCAUCAAAUAUUUUCCCCAGGCAUUCAUGAACUUCAUGAGAAAGAGCACAGAUGGAUUUAGCAUUGGCAGUAUUCUCCUUGAUUUUUCAGGAGGUGUCUUUAAUUAUUCACAAAUGGUUGUGCAAUCUAUAGACCAAGAUUCAUGGGUGAAUUUCUAUGGCAACAUUGGUAAAGUAAUGAUAUCCUUGGUAACUAUAUUCUAUGAUUCAAUUUUAAUGUGUCAACAUUAUGUACUAUAUCCUCACAAGAAAGUGCUUAUUACUUGUGAAAAUUCAGAAGAAAUCAAGAAACCAUUGAUUAGUUCAAGUCCAUUAGAUGAACAAAUUCAUGAUUCUGUGUGAAUAUUAUCAUUCUCUAGCUGAAGUUUGAGGUUCUUUGAGUAUAUUUGUACAAAAUCAAAAUCAAUCAAGUUAUGUAUCAUGUAUAAAUGCUUGAUUGAAUGCUACUGUAA